AAGCACCUUUUACAUCUCCGUUUCUCUUUUCCUUGUUUUUUUCUUCAACUCUUAGCGCUUAGGCGAUGGCGGACUGGGGGCCGGUAUUGGUGGCUGUGGUAUUGUUCGUGUUGAUGUCGCCGGGACUACUGUUCCAGAUCCCGGGUAAGAGCGGACGGGUGGUCGAGUUUAGCAACUUCCACACCAGCAGCGCGUCGAUUCUCGUCCACGCCAUCAUCUAUUUCGCCCUCAUUACCCUCUUCCUCAUCGUCAUUGGCGUCCACGUCUAUGCCGGCUAGACUCAACCCAGCACCGCAAGGCAUAUAACUGAAGGUGUUUUCUUCCAUCUAUCUAUAUCAGCUGCUAGAUUGUGACCAGUACCCGUACUUCUUACUCCUCGUCUUUUCACUCUGCAAGUUCUAUAAGACCACCGAGGGAAAAAAAAAGCGUUUUUGGUUAAUUUUAAUUAGUCUGCCAUAAUUUUCAUUUCUCGCAUGAUUAAGCUGAUUUGAUAUGGAACAUCAUCGUAGAUUCAGAGUCGGAACAAGAUUAAGCAUAUAAUUAUUAAAUUUGCUUGUUCCUUUGGACAAUGAAUUUGA